CACUGCAAUUAUAAGGCUGCAUUCGUUUUUGAUCAUUGAUGGCCAGUGAUGGUGGUGGUGAUGGUGGUGGAAAGGCUGGGAGCUCUAGUUGGGUGGUGGAGAUCCAAAAUAAGAUCCAGCAGGUAGACCUGAAAGCGGAGGAGAAUCUGUGGAGCAAGCAGUCCAUUUAUCGGGUGCCCUCUUGCAUCAAGGAGCUGAACCCCAAGGCGUAUAAGCCUCAGGUGGUCUCCUUCGGGCCUCACCACCACGGUGAGCCCCAGGUGGUGCCCAUGGAGGAGCACAAGCAGAGAGCACUCAUGCAUUUCCUCAACAGGACUACUGACAAGUCCAUUCAUUACUUUUUGGGAGAACUGGAGAAAGUGGAGGACGAGCUGCGAGCCUCCUACAAAGCCCUCGACCAGCGAUGGGAUAAUAAAGAUGUUUUCCUGCAGAUGAUGCUGGUGGACGGAUGCUUCAUGUUGGAGAUCUUGCACAUGGCCACAGCCGGCAGGGCCGACAAGAUCGGUGACCAUUAUUGCAAGAGUGACCCCAUAUUCAGCAUCCACGGGAUGCUCUACACUUUGCCUUACAUCAAGAGGGAUAUGUUGAUGCUGGAGAACCAGCUCCCUCUGCUGGUUUUGGAGACGCUCGAUGUUGCCCCCCUCUCCUCCGGUACUAGCCGUGCCAAAGAAAUAACCAAGUUGGUGCUCAAGUUCUUCGAUUCGAGCUCUGAUCAUCAGGUCCAAGUCAUGACUGCAGUGGGGCUCCAUCCUCUGAAUUUGUAUCGACAAAGCUUGCUGGGUGGAGAAGCAGCCCGAUCACCCCCGACCAAGGGGCAGGAGGACUCAAGCGGGAUGGUCCGCUCGGCGAUGGAGCUCAACGAGGCGGGCGUCCGUUUCAAGAAGAGCAAGACCACCAGCCUCCAUGACAUCAGCUUCCACAACGGCGUGCUUUCACUCCCAGUCAUCGUCGUGGACGACUCCACCGAAUUCAUGUUCCUCAACCUCAUGGCAUUCGAGCGGCUCCACACCAACGCUGGGAACGAGGUGACGGCCUACGUCUUCUUCAUGGACAACAUCAUUGACUCGGCCAAGGACGUGAGCCUGCUGCACUCCAAAGGCAUCAUCCAGAACGCGCUGGGAAGUGACAAGGCCGUGGCCAAGCUCUUCAACACUUUGUCCAAGGACGUGGUGCUUGAUCCAGAGAGCAGUCUCGAUGACGUGCACCGCAGUGUCCACAAUUACUGCAGCAAGAGCUGGAACAUGUGGCGUGCUAAUCUCAUCCACACCUACUUCAGGAGCCCCUGGGCUUUCCUCUCCCUCGCUGCUGCCAUCUUCCUCAUUAUCCUCACCGUCGGCCAGACUUUCUACAGUAUCUACCAAUACUAUAAGCCCAAUACUGGAGAGUCUUCGGCUUCCUCUUCUUCUCCACCCACCCUAUUUGCACCACCUCCGGCUCUAUCUCCCCAGUGAUCAUGGUGCUCUCUCUCUCUCUCUCUCUGUGCAGGUUGCCUUUUCAUUCUCUACGUACGUUUUGCAUUUGUUAAUUUUCUUCGCUUGAGAUGAAUGGUUUGGCUUUUCUAUUAAUUUCCGUUUUUUCAUAUUUGCUAUUGGUUUGAUUGAUUGAGAUUGUUGCUUUGUUUGUUCAUUUA